AUGACCAACAUGAGCUGGAGCUUCCUGACGCGGCUGCUGGAGGAGAUCCACCACCACUCCACGUUCGUGGGCAAGGUGUGGCUCACGGUGCUCGUGGUCUUCCGCAUCGUGCUCACGGCCGUGGGCGGCGAGGCCAUCUACUCGGACGAGCAGGCCAAGUUCACGUGCAACACGCGGCAGCCCGGCUGCGACAACGUGUGCUACGACGCCUUCGCGCCGCUGUCGCACGUGCGCUUCUGGGUCUUCCAGAUCGUGGUCAUCUCCACGCCGGCCGUCCUGUACCUGGGCUACGCCGUGCACCGCCUGGCCCGCGCCGCGCAGGACGAGCGGCGCCGCGCCCCGCGCCGCCUCCCCGGCCCGCGCCGCCCGGCCCGCGCGCCCCUGCCGCUGCCGCCGCCGCCCCCGGGCUGGCCCGAGCCCGGAGACCCGGGCGAGGAGGAGCCCAUGCUGGGCCCGGGCGAGGAGGAGGAGGAGCCGGGGCCCGCGGGCCUGGGCGAGGGCGCGGAGGCCGACGACGAGGGCGCGGCCAAGGGCGGCGGCGGGGACCUGAAGGCCGCGGGGCCCGCGGGCCCGGCCGGGCCGCACGACGGGCGGCGGCGCAUCCAGCGCGAGGGCCUGAUGCGCGUGUACGUGGCGCAGCUGGUGGCGCGCGCCGCCUUCGAGGUGGCCUUCCUGGUGGGCCAGUACCUGCUGUACGGCUUCGAGGUGCGGCCCUUCUUCGCGUGCAGCCGCCGGCCCUGCCCCCACGUGGUCGACUGCUUCGUGUCGCGGCCCACGGAGAAGACCGUCUUCCUGCUGGUCAUGUACGUGGUCAGCGGCCUCUGCCUGCUGCUCAACCUCUGCGAGAUGGCGCACCUGGGCCUGGGCAGCGCGCAGGACGCCGUGCGCACCCGCCGCCCGCCGCCCGCCGCGCCCGGGCCCGCGCCGCGCCCGCCGCCCUGCGCGCUGCCCGCCGCGCCCGCCGGCCUGGCCUGCCCGCCCGACUACAGCCUGGUGGUGCGAGCGGCCGAGCGCGCGCGCGCCCACGACCCGACGCUGGCCAGCCUGGCGCUGCAGGCGCUGCGGGACGGCCACGCGCCCGGGGACCGCGACAGCCCGCCCUGCCCCGGCCUCCCCGCGGCUGCCCGGGGCGCCCCGCGGGCCGGCCCCGCCUCCGGGUCGGGCAGCGCCACGUCGGGGGGCACGGGCGGGGGCCUGGGCCGGUCGGGUGCCAAGCCCAGGGCCGGUUCUGACAAGGGCAGCGCCAGCAGCCGGGAGGGGAAGACCACUGUGUGGAUCUGA